CUCUGGUUCCGCUCUGCUGUUUUAUAAACCUCCAAACCUCUCUCUCCUCAUUUCAAGCCUUUGCCAAAUUCCCUCCUCCCUCCUCCCGCCUCCUCUGUGCCUGCCAGUAGCCCCUCUCAGGCCGCGUCGGGGAGCAUUCACACCCCGCUGUCGGCGUUUAGCGGAUGGGGCUCUCAGCUUGAGCCAGAGGAGGAGGAGGAGGAAGGAGGAGAACAAGAUGACCGGUAACCCGUGCGCCCGCAGGCGCUCCAAGUCCGCGCUGCUGAUCGCCGCUCUGGCCGUCCUGCUGGUCCAGACUCUCAUCGUGUGGAACUUCAGCAGCCUGGACUCUGCCAGCGGGGACGGAGGCGCCAGGAGCCGGGAGAAGAGAGAGGACCGAGCCGCCGCUGGGGGGCUCAACAAAGCCGCCGACGAGCACCACCCGCGGAGGGGGCUGCAGAAGAAGGGCGACCCGCUGCCGCCGCUCGGGAAGGCGGCCGUUCGGCACAAGCUGCAGGCGGACGUCUACCAUUCCCACCGGCCAAAAGAGAAACUUCGCCCGGACAGCAACAACAAUGAGAACUCGGUCCCUAAAGACUUCGACACCAUCGACAGCAACAGCAACCUGGGGGCUCGAUCUCAACGCCUGCGAGUACCGUUAUCAAACGCCAAACGCAAGCUGGACAAGGCACAAGCACAAAGCAUGCUGGGAAAAUCUGCCAACGAGGUCCUCAAGUUCCCUCCUGUCCAACCACGAGGGUUAGGCCACAAUCAUAACCGCACCCACGUCCGUAAACCACACCCACAGGUGCCGACGGUCCCGGUACCGGUCCAGGGGUCCAAUCAGGAUCCGGCUCUCUACCAGGCGAAGAAGUCGUCCACGCCGUCGUCCACGCCGCCGCCGCCGCCCGGUUUGGAGCCGAGGAAAGAGCAGCCGCAGUGUGAGAUUAGCGGGAAGGAAGCCAUUUCUGCUCUGUCCAGAGCCAAGAGCCGAGAGUGUCGGCAGCAGAUAGUGGAGGUCUACUGCAAACACAAAGACCGAGCGCUGAUGCCUGAGAAGGUGCCUCGCUACUGCCCCAUCGAAGGUAAGGCUAAUGUGAACGUCCAGUGGGACGAGGAGCCCUCAGAAGCUGCCCAGCUCGCUCCGGCACGGAUCGCCUUCGUCUUGGUCGUCCACGGCCGAGGCUCACGCCAGUUCCAGCGUCUCUUCAAAGCCAUCUACCACACCUCGCACUACUACUACAUCCAUGUAGACCUGAGGUCCAACUACCUCUAUAGAGAAGUCCUGUCUCUGGCCGGCCGCUAUCCCAACGUCCGGGUGACUCCCUGGAGGAUGUCCACCAUCUGGGGCGGGGCCAGCCUGUUGACGAUGUACCUACGCAGCAUGGAGGACCUUCUCCAGAUGUCCGACUGGUCCUGGGACUUCUUCAUCAACCUCAGCGCUGCAGACUACCCUAUCAGGACCAAUGAACAGCUGGUGGCUUUUCUGUCCAAGUACCGCAACAUGAACUUCAUCAAAUCUCACGGCAGAGACAACGCACGCUUCAUCCGUAAACAGGGUCUGGACCGACUCUUCUACGAGUGCGACACCCACAUGUGGCGUCUCGGGGACCGCAAGAUCCCCGAGGGCAUUGCGGUGGACGGAGGCUCUGAUUGGUUCCUGCUCAACCGGCCCUUUGUGGACUAUGUGGUCAACUCCCGGGACGAGCUGGUCGGCAGCAUGAAGCGCUUCUACGCCUACACACUGCUGCCUGCCGAGUCGUUCUUCCACACCGUGCUGGAGAACAGCGCCCACUGUGAGAGCAUGGUGGACAACAACCUGAGGCUCACCAACUGGAACCGCAAACUGGGAUGUAAAUGCCAGUACAAGCACAUCGUGGACUGGUGCGGCUGCUCCCCCAACGACUUCAAGCCCUCGGAUCUGCCACGCUUCCAGCAAGCAUCCAGACCCACCUUCUUUGCCAGGAAGUUUGAGGCCAGCGUCAGCCAGGAGAUCAUCAACCAGCUGGACUCCUACCUGUUUGGAUCGUACGCCUUGGGCACUCCGGGCCUCCACACCUACUGGGAAAACAUCUAUGAGCAGGAGACGGACGGCCUCGCCAGCCUAUCAGACUCCAAGCUAAGCCACCACCACGCCUUCGCCCGGAUGGGACUGUCGCGCGCCGCCAGCUCGCUGCAGGGUCAUCCCAAUGACAACAGCUGCAGGUUCACGGCCAUGAACCACCCAGUGUCCGUCCACCUUUACUUCCUCUCAGACCAGUUCCAGGGCUACCUCGUGCGUCAUGUUGCCACUAACCAAGCUUCCACCCAAUCGGAGAGCCUGGAGACCUGGGUGACACCCAAAGACCACUUCACCCCGGCCAGCCCCCCCCACCCCACCAACAGGCUGCAGCAUGUCCAGGUUGGGGCGGACUGGGAUCCAAAGGAGCGUCUCUUCAGGAACCGGGGGGGUCUGCUGGGGCCCACGGACGAGCCGGUGGCCGUACAGCGCUGGAGCCGAAGCCAGAGCAACCUGACGGCCACUGUGGUGUGGAUCGACCCCACCAACGUAAUCGCCGCCACCUACGACAUCCUGGUGGACGCCUCCGCUGAGGUCACCCACUAUCGGCCCCCGCUCAGCCCGCCGUUGAGGCCGGGGUUGUGGACGCUGAGGGUGCUGCACCACUGGAACCCAGUGGGUCAGACCACCUUCAUCGUGGCUCCGCUCGAGUUCCACCGACAACAGCCUGUACCGCAAGAGGAAGCUCUGCGGUUGCACGCCGGCCCACCCAGAAACUCCUACAUGGAGCAGAGUUUCCACGGCCUGAACCCGGUGCUGCGGUUGCCGGUGAGCUUGGGCGCCGUGGAGGAGGCCGAGGCCAACGCCGGCCUGACGGGGGCGCCACUGCGCCGCUGGCUGGACCGGCUGCUGGAGGGCCACUGGUCGGCCGCGGACGUCUGCUCGAUGGGGCCCAGCGUCUGUCCCGUCAUGCAGCGCUGCCGUCACACCGUCUGGAGCUCUGCCAGCCCCGACACCAAGUCUGAACUGACCCCGCCCAGAAAGGACGGACGGAUCAGGUAGCAGGCGGACUGAGAGAGGGACAAGAGGAACAAAUGAAGGAAGGCAUGGGGCUGGUGUCCUGUUUGUGUCUCAUAUUUAUUUAUUUAAAGUUUGUGCAACGUCAGAGUGAAAGGAUGAAUCAGACUUUGGAGGCAGAGACGGACGAAGAACAAACUCAAACGCUGAGGAACAGCAUCUCAGUCCCCAUUCAGCCGGCUGCUCUCAAGGAUGAUUGGGACAACAACGCUGUGUGUGUGUGUGUGUGUGUGUGUGUGUGUGUGUGUGUGUGUGUGUGUGUGUGUCAGAAGAACUCUGUACCUCUUGUUGUGAGUGUGUCCCUAAGUUAAGGUAUGGAAGUGUGUUUUACAUGCCUGAAUGCUGAAGGACGUGGUUGCUCAUUCUUUGACCGAGGCUUUAUAUUAUUAUGUUUUUUAAAAGUCUAUUUCAGACCGUUAUCCCGAGCUUACAGUUCAACUCAAAGGUUGAAAUCAUUAAAGUCAACUUCCUAGGAAAGAAACACUGAUAAAAAUAAAAUUCAAAAAGAAUUCCUCUAAAAGUAUUUCUUGAAGACAGAACUAUUAUCUGUGUGAAGGCUGAGAGGAACGAACUGCACCAUGAAUACAGCAGCCGAUGAGAUAACGGCGUAUUUAAAUCUCGGGAUAACGGCCUGAAAGACUUUUAGGUUUCUUGAGAUGAUGAGAGCUGUGAUCCAGAGAUGAUGAUUAGCAACUCCAGACGUUCUCAAGCGGAGCCAGGUCGGUGUCGGGGGGAAUAUUGUUCCCUCAAAUUGAUGAUUUGUGCGUAAAAUAUAUUUUUCUUUAAGCCGGUUGGUCUCUUGUCGGAUCUUUAAAGCCACAGUUCACAUUUGUGUUUUAACCAUUGAGAGGAUUUUGAUUGCCUGGAAUGUUUAAAAAGUACUGAGAUACUGUACGUCUCCGAGAACACUGACAACUACCAGCGGUGGUACAAGUACUGAGAUCUUUUACUGAAGUAAACGUAGGAACAACAUGAACAAGUUCUGCUUUCACAUCUUACAUUAAGUUGAUAAGUUGUGUCUUGAUAUAAUAUUAGUUUAUUAUUGGUGGAAGCAGCAGGUUAAUGAUCAUUUAAACUACUUUAUAUAAGUUGGAAUCUAUAAAGAUGAGUCAUAUUUUAUAAUCUGCUGCUGUAUUUCUAUGUAAAAUAUGAGAAGUAACAGUAACUAUAGAUGCAAAGAAGUCUGUUUACUUUAGAAUACUUGAGUAAAAGUACUCAGUUACUUUGCACCACUCAGAGACGACGCGCUGCAGGUUUCCUCCUCUGACACCGAGCGGCUCUGUGUUCAGGUGUUUAGUUUCUUUGUGUCUGAAUACGUGAGACCGCCUGAGACCCGCAGCAGAUCCUCUUUACUCACUUUAAUCUGCUCUUUGCUGUAGAAACAUGUGUGACUGUGUCAGAGACUCAUUUAUUCAGAGGUUUAUAUAAAACAUUGUCUUUUGUUAGUCAGUGACUAACAUUUGAUAUGCUGAUGUUUGCAGCGAGUGACUCUUGUCGUCUGCCUUUGUUUCUAAAAGGCUUUCAAGUGUUCAUGUCGUCAGUUUGGGGUUUUUAACCGGCCUCUUCUCCUCACUGCUCUCAUUUCAAACUCUUUAUUUCUGGAUGUUUCAACUGGACAUCUGUGGGGCUGUCAGUAACGGUUACGAUAUUGUUUAUCAAUUAAUCUCUUAAUUGUUUUUUUAUUAAUCGUUUAACCUGCAAGAUGUCAAAUAUAAAAUCUAAAGUCCGUCAGCAGUCAGCAGAGCACAAGUUAGUCCGUACAAAUCCAUAAUGUACAGUUUAUGUCUGAGCACCGAUGGGACCCAAAAGGUUUAAUUUAUGAUAUGAAUCUAAAUAAAAGCAGCAAAUCUUUGUAUUUAAGAAGUUUUAAAAACAUCAAAUAAGUUGAUUAUUAUUUAAAUUAGCUGUAAAUGAAUCUAUUGUGACACUGAGCAACAAACUAUUUCAGGAAUACAAAUUUCAAAAUGUUAAAAAAAUGUAGAGAAUAAUAAUAAUCUGAUCAUACAUAUUUGCCGGAUGUUCUUCCGUACUAACAGUACUUUCCUGUGGGUUGAGUCUGGACGUAGCCGGUGAGGAGACGAGGCCACCGACACCUUCAGACCUCCGUGCUGCUCAGAGACGGACAUCGUGCCAACACAUCACACAUCAGAGCCGGUCUGUGCAGCAGUGAGGAUGAAGGUCACACUGUGUGCUUUAUGAGCGCUGACGCACCAGAGCCUCAUGGGAACAACAAGCGCUGAUGUUUUCAUGAGGUAGCACGUUGAUUCACUCACACAGAGUUUCAGUGAGAAACUGAACAGAAACAAUUCUGUUAAUUCACAACGACAACUCCACUUCAUGUCUGAAGGGUGCGUCAUAUUUAUUCUAGAGAAGAUUGAGUCGAUAUCUAACUUAUUAUUUGAAAUGUUGCAGAUGUUUGAGUUGUGGAUAAGCACAGGUGUCGGUGGGUUUAACCCCGAAGAGCCAUUCUCUAAUAAACUGCACCAACCCUAAGAUGCAGAGAGCAUCAGUAGCUUACUGCCACCACGUUUAGAGUCAAGCCAACACAAGAGGUUCAGUCAACGUGCGUUUUAACCGUUUGAUUUCAUGUCCAAACAAAACUAAAAUAUCAAUAAAUUGCUAAAUCCACCGUAUAAAACAGUGAGCCUGUAAGUUCUUCUUGCAUUAUGAACUAAAUGCUCAGAUAAAAUAUGGCGAGCUCUUAUUUUGAUAUGUGGUAUUAGGCGUAUGUCAGCUUUAAAGAAGACAUGGAAAUCUAAAAUUCUUUUUUGGUUUCUUUGCUGUAAUUCAAACAAAUGGAAAUGAAGUCAUUUUGUUGAAGUCAAACAGUUAAACUCUGACCAGGUACAGAAAUGUAAUAAUAUAGUUACAAUGUAAUCCAACAAUCAUUUGGUUUAAAGUUUGCAUAAUAGAAUUAAACGUUCAAAAUAAAUUUAGAAAAUGAGUUUUUAUUUCUGUUCCUGUUUUAAAUUGAGUUGAAUAUUAACAGCCAUUUGUAUUUGAGAGUCGAUGUGAACCCAGUAUUUAGUUUAAUACCCUUUUAAACGGCUCGAUGGCAACAGGAAGUAGUUUUGUAUGAGUCGAUACAUGUUUUAGUUUUUAAAGAAAAUCUUUCUCAUUUUGCUUUGAAGUAAAAGAGAAAGAAAGGUCGGCUCUUUGGACUCAGAUGUGAUGAUUUUAAAGCAGCUUUUUAGACAUUUUGCUGAUGUGACAAUAUAGAUAAAGUCUUCAGAUUCUGGAGGACAACUCCAGCUGAGAGGUUUGUCCUUUUCAUAUUCUGGCCUCACACUCUAAUGACGUUUCUUUCAUAUCCAGUACCAACCUGUUCUUUAUUGAUUGAUUGUCUGUCUGUCUGUCAUUCUCUCUCUCUGUGGGAGUAGUGCUGUGCCUUAGCUGUACUUCUGUUUUAGGAAAUCCUCUCUGAAACCAUCACAAGCUGUUUUAAAUGUCCAAUAACCACAAAAAAAAUGAAUUGUUGUGAAUGCCUUAUUAAUGACCGUAGCGGUUUUGAAGUACAAUUUUUGAAAAUAAACCUGAAUCUCCUUAAUGUUGUGCCCGUCCAGUUUAUUUCACUCUCAUGUAUGAGCAGGUAGCGUGAGGCGUUCAGGGGCCGCCAAUAAAAAUCAGGUACAAAUUCUGAGUUCCUGAGAAACUGUGGGAAAGUACAUUUUUAAGGUUCUCAGCGUUUUCCUUCACGUUGAGCUGCUUUAUUUAUACUUUGACUCAUGUUGAACUUUGAAAGUCAGUUAUACCUCCAACAGAAUGUGUAUUCUCAUGCGUUGAGGCAUCAGUAAAAAUAAUCCAGUAAUGUACAAGUACUUCUACUUUAAAUACUCUAAAUAUAUUUUUAUUAAUACUUUAU